AUGCGCAAACCCGACCCUGCCUGGCCCUCGUUCGUGACGAUGUCCCAAAAGCUCCAGACGGACACGCUCCGGCUCCCCAGCUACCGCGAGAGCAUCAUCCUGCGCUUCCACCCCUACCCUCAGACCCAGCGGAAGAUGGCGGACGCGCCGAAGGUGGACCCGUUGAUGCAAACGGUCGACUAUCGCUACACCUCGGACGCCGUCGCGCAGAGGGGUAAGGCGGGGGCUUCAGACUCGCAGGUUGAGGAGCCCACCGAUAAGGCGAUUCUCGACCUCGGGCACGCAGUGAACGAGGUGGAGGAGGCCGGUCGUGCUCGGAGGAGGCGGAGUUUGUCGACGCUGAUCAUCGAUCUUGCUCUGGCGUUCUCACCUGCGUUUGUCGUUGAGGAGCAGGGUCCGAUCUAG